AUGCAAGGAAACAAUUUGCACCACACGCCGGCAAGUACCCGUCAACCACUUUCCAAUGAAAUAAUAACACUAAGCCCCCUCGCAUACAGUUGUUUUUCCCCCCUAGAUAAAAAAGGAAGAUAUAUCCAGUUACCCAUUACUUUUCACUCUCAACCCAACAUGUGCCAAAAACCGGAAACAAGUCAAGUGCAACGUCUUUUUUUUUUUUGCAAAGACAAAGGAGGCACGAGGAGACACCGUAAGCACACUGCGUUUUUACACACCAGAAACAGAGAAACAAAAGGGUAUUUCAUUUCUCAACCGAAUGCUCCACAUUGGUCGCAUGAGCAUUUGAAAUCAAGCAACAUCACCGCUUUCAUCGAUUGCUAG